AUGUCUCAUUAUAUGCACGUUGAUGCCAGCCAAGACCAUGCGUCCGAGUACGAGUUACUUGCUCGGACGGCUAGUCCUCGUCCUCGCCAACCAACUAACCCACCGAAGCGGCCUAGGCGCCUUAUUCGGUCCUGGUCCUCACUGACAGCAAACACAUGGUUUUGGGAGAUCCUGGCAAUACUAUUCAGCCUCGCCUGUUUUACCUCCAUUAUCUGCGUGCUGAUAGUAUGCAAUGACAAGCCUCAACCGAGGUUCUCGUACGGUGUCACCCUCAAUGCCAUCAUCGCUAUCCUCGCAACCGCGUCCAAAUCUUCCCUUAUAUAUGUGGUUUCAGAGUGUAUCGGACAGUUAAAGUGGAUUUGGUUCUAUGGGGAGCAGAAAAGACAACUCGAUGACAUACAACUGUUUGACAGUGCUGGCCGAGGGCCACUCGGAUCUCUCCUGGUGCUCUUCCAUCACAGAGGCAAAUCACUAGUGUCGCUAGGGGCACUUAUAACACUGCUUGCACUUAUCUUCGAUCCGUCUCUACAGCAGCUUCUCACCCAUUCAAGCAGGCCGGCCGUGGAGAAAGCUGCUUAUGCCGAGGCAACCGCAAACCGAGCGCUCGACUUCCUUCCUGGCACCAUCAGCGCAGAGCGCUCCGCCACAGAACUACACCAGAUCAUAACCACUGGUGUAUGGUCCAAGACGCCAGAGCAUUUGAACCCGGUUGUAACGUGUUUGUCUAGAAACUGCAUAUGGAAAGCUUUUAAGACCGCGGCAAUAUGCACUCAAUGUGAGGACAUCACCACCCUGACUAGGCUCAAAUGCGAUCCGAUUGACAUCAACGACACUCUUGCGGGCGGCCGGGGAUACAUAGACGAGACAAGAUGUAACCUUAUACCACCGCAAGGAGAAGAUUAUCGCUAUGCCAUUAAGAUCGAAAACUAUUAUGAUAACCGUACGACCAUACAUGUCCCAACUCAAUCAAUGUGGUCUCCCUUUACACUCCGUCCAGGUCAUGCGGGAAUGCAUGGUGGUAGCAUUGAGACCUAUGCCGGCAUGGCAAAUCCGCAGCUUGUUCUAGCUCAUGCACAAUUGACCUUGAUAAAAGAAAAGGUAACCGGACUCACCAAGCAACUGGAUCUGGCGAAAGUAUUCCGGGUCGCGAAGGCAACUCAAUGCGCUCUGACUAUUUGCACAAGAACAUAUAAUAUAUUAGUUACCAAUGGAACUGCAUCGUUCAACGUUUCUGCCACCGAUUAUGGCGAACGGUUUCCCUCACCGGAUGGAAAUCUCGACUAUGACUGCUGGAGACCAGUGCACAACUCUACUUCUGAGCUCCCCGUCAUGACAGAGACUGUUGGCCACUAG